AUGUGGGUCGGUGGAGUUGCGGCUGGAUGCGCCGUUUCUUGUCUCAGUCCCGUUGAGUUAAUCAAAAUUCAGUGCCAAAGAGUUCAAGGAAAACACAUGGUUUCGCCUUUUCAAAUGACGAAAAAAAUCUUCACUCGUUCUGGAGUACCUGGUCUUUUCCGCGGCUUUUUUACUCAACUAUCUCGCGAUUCCGUCGGUUAUUCUUGCUUUUAUCUGCCGUAUACAAUCUUUGGGAUUUAUUUGCUGGACAAGGGUUUUGAAGAUCCGACGAGAAUUUGUAUAGCUGGUGCUUUUGCCGGUCUGUUGUCUUGGGGAGUGACGAAUCCAAUGGAUGUUGUCAAGACUAGAUAUCAAUGCGAUCUUGAUGCAAAAUCAGGACGAUCAGUUCUCCAAAGCCUCCUGAAAACAGAAGGCCUGGUUGGUUUCAGCAGAGGAAUCGUCGCCAACUCCCUUCGUGGAAUUCCCCAAUGUGGCGCCUUAUUUUUGGUCACGGCAGAAGUAAAGAAGCCAAAUGCGGGUUGUUGCAGUAAGCAAACAGUAACCAAGACGAUUUUGACUGGAUGUACCGGUUCCGCCAAGUCCGGCGAGAUCAUGGCGAUCAUGGGCAGCUCCGGAGCUGGAAAAUCGACGUUUAUGAAUGCCUUAACGCAUCGAAAUGUGGAGACAUUGAGUAUCAAAGGAAGCAUCAACAUUGCCGGAGCGCCGAUAAAAGACCAGAUUUCCAAAAUCAGCGCAUAUAUCCAACAAGACGAUCAUUUUGUCGGAGCAUUGACUGUUCGCGAGCAUUUGAACUUUCACGCCGAUUUGCGACUCUCGAAGGAAUCUGCGGAAAUGAGAAAGGAAACAGUCGAUAGAAUCUUGCGGAUCAUUAGGCGUAUUCCAGCCGAUCAUUUUAUCCGCGAGAUCUCGAAAUUCAAGGACUUGGAAACAGGAACCAGCGACAAGGAUGCAAAUGAAGUCCGAAUCGGCCAGAUCUGCGACAAAUACAAAGAAUCAAAAUACGCAAUGGCCAUGGAGAAUCAACUAAUAACAGACGGAUCGGAUAAUUAUGUGAAACAAAUGAUCAAGGCGUCGAAAGAAUUCAGGCCAAAUCCAUUUUAUGCGUUUUGGAAAGUUUUGAUUCGCGGGAUGAUCGCUCAGUAUCGGGACAAAACAUUGGUUGUGAUCAAAAUCAUGCAGAAUCUUGUUGUUGCAUUAGUCAUUGGGCUCAUUUAUUUGCGCCCUGCUCGGCCGGGUGUGAGCACGUCUAAUCCAACCAUACAACCAUACGAUUCCAAGGAUGUUUUCAACUCUAACGGCGCACUCUUUGCAUAUGUCUGCUCUUUUUCUUUCAACUACAUGUUCCUCGUUGUCUUCACCUUCCCACGAAUGGCGAUCAUUUUGCGACGCGAGUACUAUUCUGGUCUCUACCAGCUUUGGACGGCUAUCAUGGCGGAUAUGUUAGCCUUGGUUCCUUUCACGAUUUUAAUGCCCCUUGCUUAUACCGCGAUCACGUAUUAUAUGGUCGGCUUGAACCCUGCUGCCGGGUCAUUUUUCUUACAAUGGCUGACUUUAUUCCAAAUCGCUUUCUGCGCGACUGGCUAUGGCUACUUGAUUUCAGCUUUGAGUCCGUCAGUCGAAGCAGCAAACGCUAUCGCCUCACCGAUGAUGCUGCCGAUGCUGAUUUUUGGCGGAUUCUUUUUACAAUCGGACACGGUUCCGAAAUACUUCAUCUGGAUUAAGUACCUGUCAUGGUUUUACUACGGGUCGGAAAAUCUCUACAGCGGACAGUGGGAGAACCUUGGUUACUGUAACACUGAGUUUGUUAAUACAAACGAUGCUAACAAUGUGGUUCGAAGCUCGAAUGAAAAAUGCGAAGAGUUCUACCCUCCAGGAACAAAAUACUUAAGUGGCGAGACAAUAUUGAACAGGUUCGGGUACAACCCGGACAAUAUCGAAAGAAAUAUUGGAAUUAUGUUUGCUCUUGCCAUUGGCUUCCGAUUGAUUGGGUACCUCAUCCUUUCACUAAAAUACCGCUCAAAGGCGUGA